AUGAAGCCUUUUCGACUUUCAAAGUUUAUGACAAUUCCACCAUUAGAUGAGGGAAAACUUCUUAAAACCGUGGUGGCAGACAAUGCUCUCUUUGAAAGUGAGGCUUCGAGGAAGUCCCGGGUGAAGCACCAAAAGGUCAAGACGGGAUGCCAUACGUGCAAAGUACGCCGAGUCAAAUGCGAUGAAACGAAACCUUCUUGCAAACGAUGUAAGAAGACUGGAAUUCAAUGCGAAGGGUAUCCAUCACAUGUUAUCCAACGAUCAUCGCGGGAAUGUAUGAAUCGAUUGUCUAUGGUAAAAACUCCCCCACAAUUAAGAUCACCCAUUGUCAAUAUACACGUUGGUCCCAUCCUAGAAAACGAACAAGAUUCUCGAUAUUUUCAAUAUUUCCGCGAAACAUCGGCUAGUGAUAUCGCGAGAUUAUUUAAUCGAUCAGUCUGGGAGCGGCUGAUUCCCCAGGCAAGCGAAUCUGAACCUUUCGUUAGCCAAGCUCUGGUUGCCCUUGGGGCGUUCAGUAAAGGUCGCACGGCGAAUGGUAUAGAGGCAUUUCUACAUCGUCAAUAUGGCCUCGAUCAGUAUGGUAAAGCUCUCGUCGGAAUGAGGAAAGCUCUGAACCCAAGCUCUUACAAUGCCCGCAAAGCACUCAUUGCUUGCCUACUCGUGUAUUCAAUCGAAAGUAUACAGGGACAUCUUGCAACAGCAGCUUCUCAUGCUGCCAGUGGAGAAAAUCUUCUCCAUGAAAUUAUGCUCGACAAGAAAUCCAAAAGCCUACCGCCCUUCAGCUGUCAACAAGAUCAUACAAUUGACGAUGAUCUAUGCAGAGCCUUCUCAGAUCUUGAUCUUCAAGCACUAUGCGUGAUUGACCGUCGAUCCUCAAAGCUUCACGAGCUGCGAACUCGUGAUUUGAAUCAUUUGUUGCUAUCAAUGCCUUCUUCGUUCUCAAGUAUCAAAGAAUGCCAUGACUGGUGGCAGAUUAUAAUGCGGAGAAACUUUCAUUGGAUAGCGACAGCAAGAAAAACCAUCCUCGAAGAACGACCCAAGGAUGACGAAGAACCCAUCGUCUAUGCAGCCGACGAUGAAGGGCUAGAUCUCAAAGAUGAGAACUGUUCAUGGACCUCUGUUGCGGUCAUACCUAGUACCAACCCGACUCUUAGACGGGAUUGUACCACCUAUCUUGAUGAAAUUCUGCGAUGGGAAAGUAUCGCAGCACCAUUAGUAAGCAAAGGACUACGCGCUGGCGAAGAUUCUCGAGAGUUUCUAGCUGCAUGCCUUGCUAAAAUACAGGCGGCUAUGAUGAUGAUACAGGUAGCAAGUGUGUUCAUUGUCAACGCAAUUGAAUGGGACGCAUAUUUUCAAGAGUUUGGUACAAUCAUGGAAUAUGUAGCCAAACUUCGACCGCGUAUCAUUCAAGGAGAGGGGAAGUAUCACUUUGACUUUGGCGUAAUACUCCCAAUGUUUAUGGUUGGAACACAUUGCCGAAAUAGAGAGUUAAGACGUCAAGCGAUUGAUACUCUCAGGGAAGCUAACGGUUACCGAGAAGGCAUUUGGGAUUCAGAUGCCUGUUCACGAGUAACUGCGUUUACGAGAGAUGUAGAAGAAGAAUGGGCUGACGAGAAUGGAUGGGUUCCUGGAGAGAGACGAUUUACUAUCACGGGAACUAAGGUUACAGUUGAUAAAGGCAAAUCACUGCACAUAAGUGGAUAUCAAAAGAAUGGAACUUUGGAAGGGCAGGGUGAUUUCAAGGAAAUAUAUAUAACAUGCCAAGCUAUGAAUCGAGGUGGUAAACUUGCUCCUGAAGUUAAUCGAGCUUUGUUCGUCAAGAAUCUAAGCUACAACGUAACGCCGGAAGAACUCUUUGAUCUGUUUGGCAAAUUCGGUGCGAUCCGACAAAUUCGUCAAGGUAUUGCUACCAACACGAAAGGUACCGCAUUUGUUGUCUACGAAGACGUGACGGAUUCUAAGACUGCCUGCGAUAAAUUGAAUGGGUUCAAUUUCCAAAAUCGAUACCUAGUCGUUCUCUACCAUCAACCCGAAAAAAUGGAAAAGAUGCGUGCCAACUCAAAUCAAUCGGAUUCAUACGCUGCUCGCAAAGCGACGUCUAUGGGCCCGUCAUCCAGGGUUGGAAAUGUUUCGCCAUCGAAGGAUGUUAGGAAUAAGAAAACACGACGAACACAAUCUGCACCAAUUACAACGAGGAAAUCUCCUACUACAACUGCUAUGCAUGGAAAGGGGGGAAAUUAUCAACAUUUGGAGCAUCAUCGUGGAAUCAAGGGUGCAGCGAUGGCAGGUGGAAGGCGUAAUACCUCUUUCCUCGCUCUUGUGCGGGGAUUGGUUUUCAGGCGUUAG